AUGCAGCAGCAAGAGGACCAAGAAGGGGAGGCCCAGCAGGCGGUGUCAGCCUCGACUAGCAGCAGUAUAUGCAGCCUGCAGCCGUUGGAGGCAGCAGCCUCCACAGCUGCUGCAGUAAAAUCUGUGGCAGCUGGAGCUGAGGCGGAGGAGCGGCGCCAGGAGGCAGUGCGCACAUUCUGUGUUGAGCGCCGCGCCAGGGGCGGCACCUACUACCGCACCUUUACCGCCGCCAGCUACCCUGCGGUGUGGCAGCUUUUCCGGCACACAGCCCCCAAGGACUUGCACUGGUAUGAGGUCAUCCGGGAGGGGCGCCCCGCCCACCUGUACUUUGACCUGGAGUUUGUGCCGCGCCUCAACCCGCAGGUGGAUGGCGAGGCGUUGGUUGAUGUGCUGUUGCAGCACGUGGCGGCGCAGCUCAGGCGCCACUUUGACCUGAUCCUGGACCCGCGCUUCGUCUACGAGCUCGACUCCUCCACCCCCAACAAGUUCAGCCGCCACCUCACGCUACGCCUGCCUGGCCACGCCUUUUCCAACAACCAUGCCAUGGGCAAGUUUGUGGCGCAGGUGCUGGCUGCCAGUGACAGCAAGCUGCUGGUGGUGCGCAAGGAGCAGGAGCCGGGGGGGGGCGGCGGCGGGCCCCAGCUGGGUUCGAUGGUGGACAUGGCGGUCUACUCCAAGAACCGACACUGGCGCAUGUCCCGCUGCUGCAAGGGCGGCAAGGAGGCUGUGCUGCACCCUACGGGGCGCUAUGCCACUGCCCCUGGUGCUGGUGUGUCCGACGCGACUGUGUUCCUGGACACCCUGGUGUGCAAUGUGGAGCCACACGCGCGGCUGCUGCAGAUGCCAGACCCGCUGCCAACGGCCGGGCCCAACAACCGUGGUGGUGUUGGCAUGCUGGGGGCGGCUGCAUUGCAGAGCGGCAUUGGCGGCCUGGGAUCAUGUGGGCUGCAGGUGACCUGGAAGCAGGGUGCCAUUGAUACCGCUCUCCUCCCCGACCAGGUGGCAGAGCUGCGGAGGCUGGCGGAGGAGGCGGUGUCGUUUAUUGAGAAGGUGGCGACGCAGCGGGCAGGCGCCCCAGCGCGCGCCCGCACCCUGGCCUUUUGCGGCGGCGGCGCCAAGGUGGCCUACUCCAUGAUUGGGCCUGGCAGCCACUACUGCGAGAACAUUGGGCGGCCUCACACAUCCAACCACGUCUUCUUCGUGGCAGACUUCUUGGGCGGCACCUACACACAGAAGUGCCACGACCCUGACUGCGCCCACUUCCGCUCUGCCUGGAUGCCGCUGACUGCAGAGCUGUGCCGUCUGGCCACCGGGGCGGCGGCACUGCCGCCCCCCUCCCCAUCCGCCUCUGGCCGCUCGGCUGGCACGCGGGGUUGA